AUGGAGUCCCAAGUGCGUCAGAACUUCCAUGUUGAGUGUGAGGCUGCUGUGAACCGCAUGGUAAAUAUGGAGCUGUACGCUAGCUAUGUCUUCCUGUCCAUGUCCUACUACUUUGACUGUGAUGCUGUGGCCCUGAGGCAUAUGGCUGAGUUCUUGAAAGAGCAGUCCCAUGAGGAGAGGGAGCAUGCUGAGAAACUCCUGAAAUAUCAGAAUAAGCGAGGGGGGCUCAUUGUCCUGCAGGACAUCAAGAAUCCAGAGCGGGAUGAGUGGGGGAAUAGCCUGGAGGCCCUGCAGCUGGAGAAGACUCUGAACCUGGACCUGCACAAGCUGGCUACUGAGAAAAAUGACCCCCACCUGUGUGAUUUCCUGGAGUCUGACUACCUGGAGGAGCAGGUGAAGGCCAUUAAGCAGCUGGGAGACCACCUCACCAACCUGAAGCGCCUGGAAGUGCCUCAGAAUGGCAUGGGAGAGUACCUGUUUGACAAACACACCCUGGGGGAGAGCAGCUGAAUGGCACAGCAGAGGCUUAGAAUGCAUUAUGCUUUCCUGGAACCUUGUAUCCAGGGCAAAGAAUAGUUUGACAAAUCCUUAAAUGCUGAGAAUAAAAUUCUCUAAUCCCUGA